UUUGUAGGUCAUUGUUUGAAUCCAAGUUCGGACCUGAAAUCGCUCAGUGCUGUCCUAACCUUUUUCAAUUUCAAAGUGUCUUGGCUCUGUCCCUUGUGUUGUGUUGGAUUGACUUUUACUGGGCCGGAAUCAUGGACGUGUCGGGUGGGCAAGCCGAAUCCGGGGCCACGGGUGCCUUAGUGGUGGAUCCCGUGGGUGCACGUUGCCAGAAGCUGUUCCAAGACUUCCUGGAAGAAUGGCAACACGACGCGCGACCGCAGCCCGACGAUGAACGCCAGGGCGGCAGCCAAGCCACCGCCGAGAGCCAGCGGGAUGAACCGCUCAAGUAUUUGGCGCUGGCCCGUGAAUUGGUCAAACCGGAGCGAAACACGUUGCUCGUGUCCAUGAAAGACGUGGAGCAGUUCAACCCGAACCUGGCGCAAACCCUCCAAGAAGAUUAUUACCGCCUCUAUCCCUACCUGUGCACCGCUCUCAAGCACUACGUCCAGGAUCGGGCCGAGAUCACCUUGGAGAAGGACUACUACGUGUCUUUUACCAAUGUGGACACGCAAUACAAGAUCCGGAACUUGUCCACCGUCAAAAUCGGCCAUUUGCUCCGCAUCACGGGCCAAGUGGUGCGUACCCAUCCCGUUCAUCCCGAGUUGGUCCAAGGCACGUUUACCUGCAUGGACUGUCAGACGCAGAUCGUGGGCGUAGAGCAGCAAUUUAAGUAUACACAACCCUCCAUAUGCCGAAAUCCCGUGUGUAACAAUCGAUCACGGUUUGUGCUGGAUGUAAACAAGUCCCGAUUUGUAGACUUUCAAAAAGUCCGUGUCCAAGAGGUUCAAGCCGAGUUGCCACGCGGUUCCAUUCCGCGAAGUUUGGAGAUCAUUUUGCGCGGCGAGGCCGUCGAAAGCGCCCAACCCGGCGAUCGUUGCGAUUUUACUGGCACGUUGAUCGUCGUGCCGGAUGUGGGCUCCAUCAACUUGCCCGGGGCUCGUGCCGAGUCGGGCGCGCGACACCGCGGCGGCACUGAGUCCGAAGGCGUGCGGGGACUCAAGUCGCUGGGUGUGCGAGAUUUGCAUCAUCGUUUGGCCUUCUUGGCUUGCUCAGUCAAGUCCUGCAACUCGACCUUCUCCGGUUUGGACGAGCACGGCGAAGAAGAACCGUCACCGCAAGCCAUCAAAGACCGCAUGACCCGCAAAGAGUGGGACACCACCUUCAAAAUGAGCCAGGACAAGUCCUUGUAUCAGAACUUGAUCACUAGUCUAUUUCCCACCAUCCACGGUAACGACGAAGUCAAACGCGGGCUAUUGCUCAUGCUCUUUGGUGGCGUACCCAAGCGCACUAUUGAAGGCACCACGCUCCGCGGGGACAUUAACGUGUGCGUCGUCGGCGAUCCUUCGACUGCCAAAUCCCAAUUUUUGAAGCAAGUGGCUGAUUUCAGUCCACGGGCAGUGUAUACGAGUGGUAAAGCUAGCUCGGCCGCCGGUUUAACCGCAGCCGUGGUUCGGGAUGACGAAAGCGCCGAGUUCGUGAUUGAAGCCGGGGCGCUCAUGUUGGCCGACAAUGGCAUUUGUUGCAUCGAUGAGUUUGACAAGAUGGACCCCCACGAUCAGGUGGCGAUUCACGAGGCUAUGGAACAACAAACAAUUUCGAUAACCAAAGCUGGUGUGAAAGCCACGUUGAAUGCGCGGACCUCGAUUUUAGCUGCGGCCAAUCCCAUCAAUGGCCGUUAUGACCGGACCAAAUCGUUAAAGCAAAAUAUUCAGAUGACCGCACCCAUCAUGUCCCGUUUUGAUUUGUUCUUCAUCCUCGUCGAUGAUUGCAACGAGGUCACGGAUUAUGCCAUUGCUCAAAGAAUCGUAGAUCUUCAUACGAAAUUAGAAGACUCCAUCGAUCGAGUCUACGAGACGAAAGAUAUUUCACGAUACAUUGGCUUCUCCCGAUCCUUUAAGCCCAAGAUCACAUCCGAGGCCAUGGAGUUCCUCGUCGAUCAGUACAAACAUCUGCGACAACGUGAUUCAGGUGGAGGAGUCAAGUCCAGUUGGCGAAUCACCGUCCGACAACUGGAAUCCAUGAUUCGACUCUCCGAAGCCAUGGCCAAAAUGAGUUGCUCCGACCAAGUGCUACCCAAGCACGUGAAAGAGGCCUAUCGCCUCUUGAAUAAAUCGGUUAUUCGCGUUGACCAGCCUGAUAUCCAUUUGGAUGAAGACGAGGAGGAGGCAGAUAUCGCCGCCCCAGACGAUCCUGCAACUCAAACCGCCCAAGUGGAACCAAGUGCCAGUGACGCCAUGGAGACGGACGAUGCCGAUCAAGGUGGUGCGUCCAAGAAACAACUCAAAUUAGCCUACGAGGAUUAUCGGACCAUGGCUAAUAUUUUGGUUCAUUACCUAAGACAAAAAGAGGCCGAAGCCGAGGAACAGAAUGACACGGAGUCCACGACCAAGAAAUCCGAUGUCGUCAAUUGGUAUCUGACCGAGGUAGAGAAGGAUUUGGAGAGUCAGGACGAGCUCCUGGAAAAGAAACAAAUCAUCGAAAAGGUCAUUGACCGAUUGGCCUAUCACGAUAAUGUGCUCAUUCCCUUGGGCAAGACUGGCCUUCAAACUGGAGCGGGUGACGACGGAAGCGGUUCCGAGGAUCCUUUGCUCAUUGUCCAUCCCAAUUACGUCAGUGAUGAAUAGAUCAAGCUAUGCCCCACGUUUGAUCAAGUUGAUCAUAAUCUAUUUUUAUGCCUCAAGACGAACCUUAUGGACGUGAUUUUUGUACAUUAAUAAAGAGUAAACAUUCAAA